GUCUUCGAUGCUCUUGAUGCGAGCCGAGAACUGGACCACUACCUCAGCCAGUUUCACUACGGAAACAAAGCGCGGGAGACUUUGACACUCUUUGAGAUCAAGAGGGAAGACAUCGUCCUGGACCAGCAGGCGCAGGACUUGCCAUACUGGCAUAUGUCUGAGGCUGUCAUUCUGCAGCUCGUGGCCUGUUCUGCGCAAGCUCUGGCUCACGUACCAGCCUUCAAGGAGCAUCCGGCCAAUCACGCGAUACCUGCCGAGAAGAGGUCAGAAUGGCUUGAAUACUCUCCCGGUUUCUCCCCACCCGAGUUUGCCGAGUUUGUCCUCGUGCAGCUGGAUCGUCCUUUCUUCCAUGGACGCUUCGGUCGAGAUCCAAACAGGAGGGAAAGCGACAUCAUGGCGGAAGGGAGAAGUCCUUCACGACGAGAAACGGAAGAUGACCGAAGGUUCAUGCUUGAUGGAUGA